AUGCGCCGUCUCAGCAUUGGUCUUCUUCUCCUCGCUGUCUUCACAGAGAGCGUGAGCGCCUCUGGAUCCAUCAUCAGCAGCAGUGGCAGCAACGGAGAGCAGGACUACAUCGUGUACCUGGGGCACCUGCCCAGCUCGGAAUCGGAUACGUCGUCGGAGCCUGAUGAAGGCUCAUCUUCCUUAGAAGCUGCUCAUCACGACCUGCUUAACCAGAUCCUUGACGACGGCAGGAUCAUCCGUAGUUACAAGAGAAGCUUAAAUGGCUUCGCAGCCAGGCUAACUGAACAACAGGCAAAUAAACUAGCUGACAUGGAGGGGGUCAUGUCAGUCUUCCCAAGCAAAACCCACGAGCUCCAAACCACAGGAUCGUGGGACUUUUUGGGCACGCCUCAACCACCGCAAGAAGAGCUAGCCUUGGAGGGAGACGUCAUUAUCGGUAUACUCGACACUGGCAUAUGGCUGGACUCCCCGUCAUUCUCCGACGACGGCUUUGGCCCGCCGCCAAGCAGGUGGAAGGGCGACUGUCAAAACUUCACAUGCAACAACAAACUUAUCGGCGCUCGGUUGUAUCACUAUUAUGGGGGGACCACUGGCUUGUCGCCGGUGGACAAGCUGGGCCACGGGAGCCACACGGCAUCCACCGCGGCCGGCCAGGCCGUGGGCAACGUCAGCUUCGGCGGGCUGGCUACCGGCGUGGCACGCGGAGCGGUUCCAGGCGCCAGGCUCGCCAUCUACAAGGUGUGCUGGGAUGGCGGGUCCUGCUGGGAGACGGACAUGCUAGCGGCGUUCGACAUCGCCAUCGCUGACGCAGUCGACGUCAUCUCCAUCUCCAUCGGGGAAGAUCCUCCUCUGCCCGCUCGAGGGUGGCUUUCGAACCAAUAUAUCAGCUGGUCCGCUUUGGCCGGUGCAGCAGGAGCCAUUGCUGCUGGCGCAGCACCAGAUGCCGCCUUCAUCUAUCCAUUACCCACGCUUGUGGUAUCUGAGAACCAGUUCGAUGAGAUCAUGGCCUAUGCCAACAGCACUAGCAACCCAGUGGGUACCAUAGAAACAACUGUCACGACGGUGAACGCACAAGCUCCAAUGUCCGCCUCAUUCUCUUCUCCUGGCCCAAACAUUGCCACUCCUGAUAUCCUCAAGGUCAUUCAAUCAGCUGAUAGUCUUUUGGAGUAA